AUGGGGCCAGAGUACAAGCCUGACAAUACGCAAAACGCUCAGAAUGUCGCUAUUGUCAGUAGGUGCAAAUCACCGGAGCAGAUCCGAGUACCUCGCUUCACUGAUCUGCCCCUUGCUGGAACGAUGAGUGGUCCACCUCUUGAUGGAGGAAUGGGAGGACCCCUUAUGAUGUCAUCGAUGGGUUCUGUACAAGGUGUCGCUCCCACUUCUGCAGUUCCUGCUCCAAUAGCUCCGACGCAGCAGUCUUCACAACAAAAGCCAACAUCUCUCUUAACGAUGUCAUCGCCACCGUUAGGCAUGCCAGUUCAGCAAGUGAAUCCGAUUGCACAGCAAGGAAGAAGUCAACAAGUUGGUGUGAUUGGUCAGCAGCAAAGUGGCGUAGUCACAGCGCCCCAAACAGCGCAGACUAUAAACGCUUAUUCGCAGUACGUUAUCGCUCAACCUCAGCAGCACAUACCGUACACUAUGGCGAUGGGUGCAAAGCAGUCGAUGGUUCCGUAUAUUGACACGACACGGCCUCCACCAGCCAUGACUAUGCCAUCCAUGUCUCAUGUGAACCCUCAACAAAUCCCUGCUGGCAUGCCUGUUCCUCUACCUCCCGGUGUUGGUCAGAGCUACUACAAUCCGCAGAAUGUUAUACCAAAUCCAGCACAUCAUCAAUUGCGACAAAAUAUACCACAACAACCACAGCAACAAGCCGGUGUACAGUACGGGUCAGUGAAGCAAUGUUUUAUAAAUAUCUAG